ACCUCAACACCAACUCGGACACGGAAGGUUUUCUCCUUGGGGAAGUGAAAGGUGAAGCCAAGAAUAGCAUUACUGACUCCCAAAUGGAUGAUGUUGAAGUUGUUUAUACAAUUGCUCCGUGUUUCCCAUUACAUCGAAGUUGCAUCCCUUAUUUAACCAGACAUUCAGAAAUAUAUUCCAUGCUAUCAACUUUUUAGGCGUUGCCACGGUAUGGCCCCAGUGAUCUGCCUUUGUAUGGCCCUUGUGCUGAGAAUGAUUUCUACGUUUUUUUAAAUCUUAAGAAAUAAAAGAAGAGGAAUAUGCAACAGAGACUCUUUUAUAAUUCUUUAGGUGAAGUAAAUGAGCAAGCACUGAAGAAAAUAUUAUCAAGUGUCAAAAAGAACGUGGUAGGUUGGUACAAAUUCCGACGUCAUUCAGAUCAGAUUAUGACGUUCAGAGAGAGACUGCUUCACAAAAACUUACAGAAGCAUCUUUCAAACCAGGAACUUCUUUUUCUGCUACUGACACCAAGUAUAACAACAGAAACCUGCUCCACUCAUCGGCUGGAACAUGCCUUACAUAAACCUCAAGAAGGACUUUUUCAUAGGGUACCUUUAGUGGUCGCCAAUCUGGGCAUGUCUGAACAACUGGGUUAUAAAACUGUGUCAGGUUCCUGUAUGUCCGCUGGUUUUAACCGAGCAGUAAAAACACACAGCUCUGAAUUUUUUAAGGAAGAUGGAUCUUUAAAGGAGGUACAUAAGAUAAAUGAAAUGUAUGCUUCAUUACAAGAGGAAUUAAGGAGUAUAUGCAAAAAAGUAGAACACAGUGAGAGAGCAGUAGAGAAACUACUAGAAGAUGUAAACAGAUUAAAAGAAGAAAUUAAAAAAAGAAAACAAGCACAGAUCCAAGUAGCAGGAGAGAAGAAUGUCCCAGAAGAACCUCAGGAGAACACUUUUCUUUGUCAAGCUUUACAGACCUUAUUUCCAGAUUCUGAAUUUCUUCAUUCAUGUGUUAUCUCUUUAAAAAAUAGACGCAUUUCUAAAAGUUGCUGUAACACCAACCACCAUCUUGAUGCGGUAGACAAACUGACCUUAAUGGUAGAAUACACUGAUGUUCCUGAAUCUAACCAGGCUUGUACACGACAAAUAAUUAAGCGAAAAGCAUCAGACACGGAAGAUGGAUGUCAAUUCAAGAAAUUACGGCUGCUGGAGAUACAAAACAAUCAGUCUAAAACAGAUACUGACAGUAGUAACCAAGAAAAAGCAUCCACAAUGAGCAGUCCAGAAACUGAUGAGGACACUGAGAAAACGAAGGGUUCUGGUGAAUAUCCACAGUCGCCUACAUUUUGA